AUGUUCAUCAAGACCGAGCCCAUCCCCAUGACGGGCAGUGCUCGCGACUCGCUUAUAGCCAUUUCAGUGCUAUGGACCCUUUUCACUACCACGGUUUUCUUUCGACUCUGGGGCCGAAUCCAAGGCAUGGGCCUAGGUCUUGAUGACAUCCUGUCAGUUGUGGCCUUGCUCAUGUCAGGCAGCACGAUAGGCAUGAAUGCUGUCGUCUUCACCAUUGGAGUUGGUUGGGACUUCGAUCCCGAAUCUCCCGUGUUCCCAAAGCUGGCGCACAACCUCCCUGUCAUCAUGCAGAUAACGUUCGCUUUCACACUGGUCUAUAUCUGGUGUCUCGCAGCCCUCAAGAUGAGUCAACUGGCCCUCUACAGGCGAGUAUUUGCCAAACGACUCCGCAACUGGGUAUACGGCGUCGGCGCAAUUGUCAUCGUCUGGGCUGUCGUUUUCAACUUCCUCUUCAUCUUUCUCUGUGAUCCUAUCGCCCAGCAAUGGACCGUCGAGCGUGUCGGUCACUGUAUGGAUCAGAUACUACUCCUCAAGUGCCUGAUCAUGAGCAAUCUGUUCACGGACUUGCUGAUCGUUAUUUUGCCCAUCAGAUCGGUAUGGCAGUUGCAGAUGAGAAAGACAGAAAAGUUCGCUGUCUUGGCAUGCUUCGGACUAGGAGGUGCUUGCGUGUUCAUUUCGAUGGCCAGGUUCAUUCAGAUUUAUACUAUUGACCUUAUUGGCAACUUGACUGGCACUUCACUAACCACGUUCAUGCUUUGCACCGUCGAGCUCAUGUUAGCGGGACUCUGCAUCAACAUCCCGAUGCUACGACCAUUCUACAUUCGCUUGAGGGCCAAGUACAAGUUGACCUCGAUGAGCGCUUCUGGUGGACUAGGCUCGAACAAAGCAUCCGAUUCAAGGCAACUCGGGGCUGCACAAGUUAGGCCAGCCAACUACAUGGCAUGGAUCGAACUGGCUGACAAGGACCAAACGAUGGUCACUUGUGACGAUGCUAGCUCUGAACGUAAGCUUACGUCGGAACAACGGGGCGAUGCUAUUCACAUUCAGAAGGACUGGAUGAUCAGUCGAGCAUAA